AUGACUGCGCUGGCCAGCAGAGUCUACACCAGGUCGCAGAACAGUCCACAAGAGAAGGCAGGCACUUGGGCCCUGGAAAGCAGAGUGGGGGAGGGAGGUACCAGAGAACCAGAGAGUGUGCACCCCAAGGAGAACGCUCCCCGACCCCUGCACCUGAACAAACAUCUGCAGAGUCCCUCUCCUUACAUCUCUCCUUUCCUCUCUCCUCUCUCCACAGCCCUCUCCUCACCUCUCUCCUCUCCUCACCUCUCUCCUCUCCUCAGCCCACUCCUCACCUCUCUCCUCUCCUCACCUCUCUCCUCUCCUCAGCCCACUCCUCACCUCUCUCCUCUCCUCAGCCCUCGCCUCACCUCACCUCUCUCCUGUCCUCACCUCUCUCCUCAGCCCUCUCCUCUCCUCACCUCUCUCCUCUCCUCAACUCUCUCCUCUUCUCAGAUCUCUCUUCUCCUCAACUCUCUCCUCAGCCCUCUCCUCUCCUCACCUCUCUCCUCUCCUCACCUCAGCUCUCUCCUCACCUCUCUCCUCUUCUCACCUCUCUCCUCAGCCCUUGCCUCACCUCUCUCCUCUCCUCACCUCUCUCCUCACCUCUCUCCUCUCCACAGCCCUCGCCUCACCUCUCUCCUCUCCUCACCUCUCUCCUCUCCUCAACUCUCUCCUCUACUCACCUCUCUCCUCUCCUCAACUCUCUCCUCUACUCACCUCUCUCCUCUUCUCAGAUCUCUCUUCUCCUCAACUCUCUCCUCAGCCCUCUCCUCUCCUCACCUCUCUCCUCUCCUCACCUCUCUCCUCUCCUCACCGCUCUCCUCUCCUCACCUCUCUCCUCUCCACAGCCCUCGCCUCACCUCUCUCCUCUCCUCAGCCCUCUCCUCUCCUCACCUCCCUCCUCUCCUCACCUCCCUCCUCUCCUCACCUCUCUCCUCUCCUCAGCCCUCUCCUCUCCACAGCCCUCGCCUCACCUCUCUCCUCUCCACAGCCCUCGCCUCACCUCUCUCCUCUCCUCAGCCCUCUCCUCUCCUCAGCCCUCUCCUCUCCACAGCCCUCUCCUCACCUCUCUCCUCUCCUCAGCCCUAUUCCUCUCCUCACCUCCCUCCUCUCCUCUCCUCAGCCCCCUCCUAG